GUCUACUCAAACGCUCCUCAUAAGCCAACCCUCUCAAUUCCAGAAUUAGUGUAGUGAACCUCCUCUGCACACCCUCCAGUGUCAUGCAGUAUAUUCAUGUAGUAAUCUAAAUGUCUAAUCUUUGAAGCAACUGUCAGUGAUUCAGUGAAAAUAGUUGGAUAUCUGUAUUGGAGUUUAUUAGUAAGCAAAUAUUACAAUGUACAAAUAUUAAUAAGCAAUGACCUGAGCCAUAGGGACAGAAUAGGGUCAGACACAAUAGCCUAUAUUGCUUUGAGAAUAAUAGCCAAUGGCUAAUUUUACAGUCUGCCGGGUUGAUGUUGCCAUCAGGACUGUGUAACUAUUCCAUUUCUUUCUGAUCCUGAAUGUUCUUGACGUGUUUAUCUGCUCUCUAUCUCUGCAGGGCGGUUUCCCUUAACUUUAUUGAUUUGUGUUUCACCAUACAUACAUCUAUUGACUGAUCGCUUUAUUGUCCCAUGUAUUUGUUAGUUAUAUUUGUUACAAAUGCAGUGAAAAGUGUUGUGUGCUGUCACUGCUGUCUGACACCAUCUUAAAACAUAGAAAAUAAACCAGGACACAGUUUAUAGCAGCUUACAGCAAUACUUUGUUGAGACACUUGUGACACAAUCUGAUAACGUGAACAUCUCUCUAUUUAUAAUGUGUGUGUUUUCUGUGAUGAGUUUAUAAUGUAAGAGAUUGGGAUCUAUCAUAAAGUUCCUCACAAUUAUUCCUGCCUGACAGCAGUGCUGAGUGACUGUACGAGUUUUAUAGGUGGCCAGUUCCCAGUUAACAUCAGUGAAUAUAAUAGACCAGGGAUGGACAGAGUUUAUCUGGAAUUCCUGUGGUGAAGCUGAAAUGAGUUGGUAAUAUUUGUUAGGCUAAUGAUGAAGCAGAUGGGAAAUGUGGAUAUACUUAUUGCAGCGUAAUGUGGGAUCUGAAUGCAUGACCUGUGGUGAUUAGCUGAAGAUAUCCCCAUGGCACCAUUUUGUAGCUGUAACAAUUCAUGGGCCUUGGAGUCCAUGUAGAGGAAUCCAAGGGACUCAGCCAGCUGAUGAAAUUACCUUAGUAACUUAUUUAUGCUGAUCAGUUUUCCCUCUGCUUUCGUAACCUGGACUGUGAUAUAAAAUGAACUUUGAUCCCAAAUCAGGGACAGAAACUUUAUACCAAUAAACAUUUUACUUAGAGCACAGAUCGUCAAUCCUUCAGGAUGGAAGAUGAUCUUUCCUGUGUUGUUUGCUAUGAUCUGUACAAAGAUCCUGUCUUAAUCGAUUGUGAUCACAGUUUCUGCCGAUCCUGUAUAACCCAGUACUGGGAGCAAGUGGUCACUGCCCCUUGUCCUGUCUGUAGACAGGAGGCUUCCUCCAGGACCCUGAGACCAUUCCACAUCCUCGCCGACAUCGUGGAGACAUUUGUAAAAAGUGAGAAAGCUGGUGAAAUUCGGCAGGAAUGCAGCCUACACAAAAAGCAGUUAAAAUUAUUUUGUCAAACUGACAAUCAGCUCAUCUGCAUCAGCUGUAUGAUUUCAAAAGAUCAUCAAAACCAUGAGGUGCUGCCAGUGGAAGAAGCUGCUGAAGAGUUUAAGGACAAAUUGAAGACUUUGAUGAAACUGAUUCUGGACAAGCAGCAGGAAUGUAACACUGUGCAGAGUGAUUAUGAGAAAACAUUUACUCACAUUCAGCGUCAGUGUGUAAAUACAGAAAAACAGAUUCAAGCCGACUUUGAAAAACUUCACCAGUUCCUUCAUGAGGAGGAGAGGAUUGUGUUGGAAGAUCUGAAACUGGAAAAAGAAAAAAAGAUUCAGGAGAUGAAGGAGAGGAUUGCAAAGAUAACAGAAGAAAUCUCAUCCCUUUCAGUCACUCUCCAGGAUAUUAAACAAGAGCUAAGGGAACAAGACAAUGUCAAGUUUUUAAAGAGAUUUCAGGAUAUACAGAAAAGUGUGAAGCAACCCCUCCCAGAGCCACAGAAGGUUUACCCUUUAAUAAAUGUGGGCAAGUACAUUGGCUCCCUGCAGUACAGACUGUGGAAAAAGAUGCUGACGGUGAUUAAUACGGCUCCAGUCACCUUGGACCCCAACACAGCCAAUCCUUACCUUCUCCUGUCUGAGGACUUGAGCACUGUGCAAAACACUGACAAAUGGCAGCAGCUUCCUGACAAUCCAGAGAGAUUUGAUCCUUGUGUCAGUGUUCUGGGAUCAGAGGGAUUUACAUCAGGGAAACAUUCUUGGGCGAUAGAAGUAGGAAAUAAAACUGAGUGGACUUUGGGAGUGGCCACAGAGUCCAUAAACAGGAAGGGUGACAUCGUCCUGACUCCAGGUGACGGAUACUGGACAGUGGUGCUGAGAGAUGGAAAUGAAUACAUGGCUUGUGAGAAAUCAAGGAAACACUUAGAGUUGACUGUGAAGCCGAGGAAGAUCCGAGUCUGUUUGGAUUAUGAGGGAGGGAAGGUGUCUUUUUAUAACUCUGAGCACAAGACCCAUAUCUACACUUUCACUGGGACAUUCACUGAGAAACUCUAUCCUUACUUCAGUCCAUUUCUAACUGAUGGGGGUAAAAACACAGAGCCUCUGAAAAUCUGUCCCUGGAGAGUAACAAUCCAGGAAGAUAAAGAUUUGAUCCCUUCAUCCAGAUAAAGCUUUUUACUUACAUUUUGUGGGAAGAAAUAAGAUAAAAAUUGCCUGUGCCAUACAAUCAAACAGCAUCUCUGCCCCUGCUCACCCCCCACACCCCCUCACCCCCCACCCCUCUCUGCCAAACCCAGGAUAACUGCAGCUGUCUGUGUGAAGUUUAUCUUUAAUACCAUCAUUAAGACUUGGUGGAAGUCUGUGUCUGGGCAAUUUUAGUUUUGGGUGAAGACAUCUCCUUCCAUGACCAGAAAGAAUGUGAGCAGACCCUUUGGCACAGAUGUUUCUUGGCCUUUGAAAAUGGUUCGUAAGAUUCAUUUUGGAGAUUCCUGUCCUCAUUCCUGUUUCUUCCCCUGCAACCGGAAUAGAUGCAAAACCUGCCGGUACAUCACAUCCCAUCACCUCCAUCCAAUGCCCCAAACAGUCCUUCCAGGUGACACAGAGGUUCACCUGCCUCUCUUCCAACCUAGAUUACUGCAUCAGCUGCUCCCGACGUGGUCUUCUCUACAUCGGGGGGACCGACCUUAAACUUAGGAAAUGGCUCACCGAGCAUCGCAGCCAGCCGACCGGACCUCCCAGUCACUGCCCAUUUCAAUUCCCCUUCCCACUCCCUUUCCUACAUGACCACAAAGAAGCAAACAACAAUUUGGAGGAACAAAACCUCAUCUUCUGCCUGGGCAGUCUACAGCCUGGAGGAAUCAACAUUUGAGUUCUCCAAUUUCAAAUAACCUCGCUUCCCUUCCCCUGACUCCCUUCCCAGCCCUUCCCUCUCCCUUCCACAGCUCCCUGCUACCAACUGGAUUCACACUUCUCAUUCACCAACCAGGUCAUACCCUCUACCUGUCUUCACCUAUCCCCACUUCA